AUGGCUUUACUCCACCUUUUGGCUUAUGCAGGAGGAUUAGCAGCAUUUCUAUUUGUAACACUUUCUUUAGCGAGUGGACUACUGUGGUUAGCAGAAUUGAUAGAAGAACAUUCGAAACAUGCUAAAUAUGUUGGCAUCCGGGCGAUAUACGUAAUAAUAACCCUUCAUGUCUUACUCUAUUUCACCGACUCCCUACCUAUCCUUCCGGUGCUAUUCAGUAUAGUAUGUCAUAUAGUAUACUUGCAGAACUUUUCGACAUCAUGGCCUUAUAUCUCAUUGACAUCACCCAAAUUCAUUCUAUCAUGUAUAUUGGUAGUCGCAGAUCAUUUCACUUGGUUUUUCCAUUUCGCCCAUCUAGCUCAAGAAGCCAAAAAAUUCAGAGGCCCAAAAUAUCGUUAUGGACAAAAUCGAAUUGCUCAGAGUGAUGGCUCACCAGCUUUUGGUGAUGUUGCUGCCUUUUUCGCAAUCUGCGUUUGGUUCGUUCCGUUAUUCUUAUUCUUGAGUUUAAGCGCAAACGAUAAUGCUUUACCUUCGUUUGAAUCUCUUGCAUCAGGACCUGCUUCGCCAUCCCGCAAUUCGGUGGAUCUUUCUUCACCAGGACCAGGAAGUUCAUCACCUACUCAUCGACAAAUACGAGCUAGAUCAUCUACUUCAUUGGUGAAAUCAGUAUUAAACCCAUUACUAUCAGUUUUACCUCGUGUUCGGAGUCGUGGAAGAAAGAAUGAUGAAGGAAUUAUUGCACCUCGUACACCAAUUAGGGGAUCACCAAUUCAUUCACCGGUCAUGAUGCCUUCGAAUCAAGGUUAUUUUCCUUGGGGUUCAGAUGAAUCAUCGUCUUCCGGAAAUACAUUGGGUACGCCAACAAACCUAAACCUAAACUUACCUUCAUCAUCUUCUUCAUCAUCAACAACGACAGCGUCUCCGGAUGGUAAUAAGCUCCGAUCAAAGACUCCACCUCCACCAAGAAGAGUUCAAUCUGAAAUUCAAAUAUCAAAAGGCUUCGUAAAUCCAAGAGGUAUAGCUACUAGGAAUGGUAGACCAGCAUUGAACCAAAAUGAUUUAGGUGAAAAUACCGAAAUCUUAGAAAGACCUAAAAAGUCAUCUCCUUUAGGUCAAAGUUCGGUAUCAUCUCCAAGUAUGAAUCUAGGUCCACAAGAUCAUAUAUUGAGUAAUCUACAUAGACGGAAAGCCGAUUAG